AGAAGUGCAUGUUACUACUGGGGAAGGAAGAAAGAAGGGCAUUUUAGCCAUUUCAGUGCACUCCAUUUGGACCUUUCCUCUGUUUUCAUCCCCCACCCCCACCUACACUUUAAAUUCUUCUAGCUAUAUCUCCCUUCUUCUUCUUCUUCUUCUUCACUGUUCUAUUCUCACAAGAAACACUUAUGGAUCUUCAAAUGGAGGGGAAGAACCCGUUUUUGGAUUUGUAUUCUGGUGACAUGGCGCGCCCGCCGCCGGCUGAGAGCAGGAGGCUCCUCCAGGUAUCCACGGGCGGCUGCGGGAGGGGGAAGAGGAAUGUGGGGGCGGCGGCGGCGGCGGACGGGCCUUCCACCCCGGGAAGACCCAUUUUCAGCUUCAGCGUUGGGAAUUUUUCAAGAAAAUCUGUCCCUUCCAAAUGGGAGGAUGCAGAGAAAUGGGUGGUGAAUGAUUCCCCUGCUGCCCAUCAUCAUCAUCAUCAUCAUCAGUUCCUUCAAGGACCCUCCCAUGGAGUCCCUCUUGCCACAUCAGCAGAUUUGAUUCUCAAAGAUAAGUGGAUAAGUGAGAUGGAGUGUAUAAGAAGAAGUCCCACAAGACAAGGGUUUGUGUUUGGGGAUCACAACAAUGCAGCAAAAGAUGUGGCAAUUCUUGAGGGCAUUAAUGGCAUUGGCCACAGAGAAACAGGCACAGAAAUGACACCAAUGGCAAGUUCCACCACCUCAAGAUGCCACACUCCGGCGAAGGCCUCCUCCCCGGCUCACCACAACACUCCCGCCGCCACAUCUGGACCCUUGGACCCACCCCCUCUCCCCAUCGAUAUCUCUCAGGUUGGCUCCCUUGCGUCGAACCAUUGGAGCUCGAUGGAAGAGGAGGAAGAAGAGGUGUCAAAGAGCUUGAGACACUUUGACAUCACCAGUAACAGCGAGUGCGGGCCCGCGAAGAAAACGGGCCCGUGGGAGGAAGAGGCGAAGGCCACGAACCGACUAAGGUACGAGAGAGAACUGGCCAACAUCCAAGCCUGGGUGAACCUCCAGAGUGCAAAAACUGAAGCUCAAUCCAAAAAGUUUGAGGUGAAGAUUCAGAAAAUGAGAUCAAAUAUGGAAGAGAAGUUGAUGAAGAGAAUGUCGAAUGUUCGCCGGAAAGCGGAAGAAUGGAGAGCUGCAGCUCAACUGCAACAUGAAGAAGAGAUGAAGAAAUUGUUUUUGCUUACCCUUUAAUAACCAUCUCAUGUAACUUCACUUGUCUCCAUUGUGUUCACCAAAUGUUUGGCAUCAUUUUACAUCUCUUUUCUCUAUUUGUUUUCCCUUUUAUGGGUUUUGUUUUCUAUUUUUUGUUCUCUCCAUUUUGUUCACCAAAUUUGUUCUCUUAUUUACCCACUUGGAAAAUAAUAUAAUCAACGCUUUGGAUUAAU